CGCAGCUGCAGUGGCUGUCACUUCCCGUCACUGAUUGCAGCAGGUGUGCUGCUGAUCUUUUGCCCCACCUCUGAAAGAAAACCUGCAGGGGUUUUUUUUCUCUCCACUGGUACUCAAUCAAUACUCAUAGUUUUGUUUCCUUUUUCUCGCCUGUCAACACUUUUUUUUAAAUGGAUGACUUACUUACAGUUAAAUAAGGAACAAUGUACCUAACAUUUAAUUUCUCCACCUCUAAUUACUCCAACCUGUCGGAUGCAGACUCUCUGAGAGUGGAGGAACUAACCCACCGCUCCGUCAAAAUAAGCAUCAUCAUUAUUCUGGGGGUGAUGAUCACUUUGGGAAAUAUAGCAGUUCUCCUGGUCAUCACUUCCUCCGUGGCAGGCUGGUCCAGAAACUCCCGGUAUUUCCUGCUGUCUCUCACCGCAGCGGACUCUGCGUUCGGGCUGGUGUCGCCGAUCACAUUCCCAGAUGGCAUCAUCGAGGUCCACUUCUCCACCGCGUCGCUGGUCUGCAACCCGUCCUACUCUUCAAACGUUGCCUACACCUUAAGUUUGACCUGUUUAAUAUUUUUCCCCUGCUCCAUUGUCAUGACAUAUGCAAACUUGAGGGUGUGGUGCGCGGCCAAGAGACAGAGGCUGAAACUGCGCAAAUACGGCUGUGCACUGAGUAACAGGCACAAUGUUGCCGCAAGAGUGCUCGUACCUGUGAUGGCAGCAUACUACACAUGCUGGACUCCCUGCAUGGCGGUUAUGAUCUAUUGUGCACUCUCUAGGAGCUCAGUACCUGAGUGGAUUGAGUUUGUUGUGGUGUGGCUCCCAACCUCCAAUGGUUUCCUCAACUGCAUCUUUUACUUCUGGAUAAACAAAAACUUUCGCAGGAAGUUCCAUCUUAUUCUGCAGAGGCUGGCUCUGGCCAUCUGUCCUGAACUGGCAGACGCCUUUGGGUGGAGCAACACGUCAUCAGCACAGUUCGUCUCGGGAAUUUUAGACAACAGCAUGGUUCAUGAGCGUACCUCCAGUGUGUCCUCCACCUGCACCUUGCUGAGCUUGGCUUAAAACCUCUGAAUCCAGAAACAACAAGAGCGUAAAGGACAUGGUCAGUGACCUGCACUUUAAAAAUCCUUGCCCAGUUAUUGGCGUUUUAACAAACUGAAGCAAAAAUAAACGAUCAAUUUGUUUGCAGUGCAAAUGAUUUAAAAUUCUGAGCGACUGUAAUGGUGACUAUUUCUGUGUAAAACUAAUAUACAGUCAGCAUCAGUAUGAAUUGCAUUAUGUUUUAAACUAUUAUUUCCAACUGAAAACAGAUGCACCAUUGUCAGGAUUUAAUUUUCAAUCCCAGGUGGCAUCCUAAAUAAAAUUUUUAGUUAGUCUAGUUUGCUAGCCAUCACUUUUGGCUGUGCUAUGGAUAGCCCUGUCAUUAUUCUGCAUACACCUUUUUUUUUUUUUUUAUGAAUCAACCUGAAACUUAUCUCAACACAUUUCAGUUGUUCACAAUCUGUCAUUUAUCUCAUCAGUAGAAAGUGAUAUUUAGGCUCCCUCUCAUGUGAGAUUUUUGUGAAGGCUGCAACCUGGUUUCAAACACUUUGAACUACUGAGGCUAUCAACCUUUGUUCAUUUUAAACUAUUUGACAUAUACCAACUAAGAGAGGUUAACCUUUAAGUCGCAGCAUUUCAGUGGAUGCAAGGAGAAAAGUAAUUAAGCACCUGGACUGCAGAAAGGUCACAACGUUCAUGGCGGGAAGAGACGACUUGUAUUUGGAGGAUCUUGGGCUCAGAGUCUAUAAAUAAUCAGGAGGAAUGAACACCUUAGUGUGUUUGUAUUCAACAUUACAAUAAGCAUUUUUGUCUUUAAAUAAAGUUUUGUCAUGGUAAAGGUUGAUUUUUGAGCAUACAAUUUUUAUACACUUUUAAAUUGCUGCUUGUUCUAAUCAUUGCUGAAAACAGGGAAAAAAUAGAGAACAAAUAACUGCAUUCAUGACUUUUUGUCUGUGUUGCUUCAAUAGUUUGUACACUUAGUAUAAAGACAAAGACUGAUUUGAGGAUGAUGUGCAAAAUAAAGUAUGAUACCUUUGA